GUCCGCAGCCCAAUUCGACAAUGGACUUGCUGGGAAAGCUGGCGCAGGGUGGGUGUGCCGCCGACGGCACGGUAGCUGCGCGAAACCCGCUGUCGCAGGCACUGGAUGGCGUGAUCCGUGCGGGUCCGAUGGGCAGAGCUCAGCAUCCGCAUCCUUUGGAAGCUCCUCCUGGACACAUGAUGGUACAUGACAUCCACCAGGCGAUGGAAGACGCUGCAAGAGCGCACAUGCACGACCAGCCACCGCCGUUCCAUCACCACGAUCCACGCAGUGUUAGCACCAUGCCUCAUGCUGCACAGGUCGACAUGAACCACGUGUGGAUGCAAGAACAGAUGCAACGCAACACCUCCCAACGGCACAUGGAGCAGGCAUUUCGUAACGUCGCACCCCAGCAGCCCCAAGCAGCACCGGCCAUUCAAGACGAUCGAACUGCUUUUAUACGUCCACAGCAAUACCAUGGCCCGCCGCCAGCCUAUAUGCAGCAGAUAACAUACCACCCGCAGCACUUGAUGAUGCCGGCGCCGUCGUUCAUGCACCAGCACCACAUGGAGCCACAGAGCUUGGUAAACCUCCACCAGCCGUCGCAGGAAGUCCAAGCAACACAGGCAGUCGAAGAGGCAGCAGCGACUAGUCGACCAGACUCGUCGGUGACUCAACGUGUAUCGCGGGACGUGGCCAACACCUUGCGUCAAAACAGUGACCCGAGGUUCCAGAACAGCGAGUUCGUUCAGUUCAUGGAUGCGUUGGGGUCCGGUCGCGCGGAGCUCGAUGAUGCGGGCAACACGGUGAUUCACCACGACCCGGUCGACACGGACGAGUUGGCCGAUGCGCUCAAGCGGGACUUGACGAUGGGCGGCGAUGCCGACGGAUUGGAUGUGAAUGCUCUGGAAGAGAUUUGGGCGAAAGCCAUGCAGGAAGGGCAAAUGCUCGACCCGUUUGAAGGAACGUGGUCGUCCGCCCACGACCCGGCGAAUGCUACGUACGAAUUUGCCGAAUCGAAUCCGUACACGUCCGACUCGAAUGCGUUUGAAGUGGGGUGCGCUCAGUUUCGGCAAGGCAACUUGAAGGACGCGAUCUUGGCCUUCGAGGCUGCGCUGCAGGACACGCCAGACCAUAGCGAAGCGUGGCGCAUGCUAGGCGAAUGCCAUGCAGAAAACGAUCAGGACAAAGAAGCAAUCGUGUGCUUGAAUCGGGCUGUGGAAGAAGACCCGUACAACCUCGACGCGUUGCUAGCGCUGGGCGUGAGCAACGUGAACGAGCUCAAGUCCCAUGGCGCUCUCACGAUCUUGCAAUCGUGGGUGCAGCAUAAUCCAAAGUUCCAUGGCCUUCAAGUCGAGCUCGACGACGCGUAUGGCGACGGCAGUCUCAUGGACGAAGUGAUGCAGUUGAUGCUUCAAGCCCAGGCAUAUGAUCCCCACGAUAGCGACGUUCAAAUUGUGCUGGGCGUGCUGUACAACGUCUCUAAGGACUACGACGCGGCCGUGCGGUGCUUUCGAGCGGCUGCAAGCGCCCGCCCCGACGAGCAUUCGCUGUGGAACAAGCUGGGGGCGACUCUGGCCAACUCGUCUCGGUCGAACGAAGCCAUUCCAACGUACUAUCGGGCACUCCAAAUCAAACCGAAAUACGCCCGGGGGUGGCUGAAUCUGGGCAUAUCCCAUGCCAACUUAGGGCAGUACGAGGACGCUGCCCAUUGCUACUUGCAAGCGCUGCAGCAAAACGACCAGGCCGACCACAUUUGGAGCUACCUCCGCAUUGCGUUCACGUGCAUGGAGCGAUUUGACCUGGUCAAGCUGACCGACAUCAAGGACGUCGGUGCGUUCCGCAGCGAAUUCAACCUGCUCACGUUGUAAGCAUGUCAAUGGAGCGAUGGUUGCUGUGUCGUGGCCAUCAGAGCUAGCUCUGAAUCGACCAUCUACCUCGGGAAGAGGGCAUAUGAUGGUUGGACCCGUG